AUGACAGCGACAUCUUGCGUAGCUUGGUCAGUCGGCAAAACGAAACUACCGAUCCAUGCUUUGAAGUCCGCGCCAUGGGCAAAGCAACUCCAACAGGUAUUCGACAUGACCGAGGAAUGGCUCUUGGGUAUGAUGAACGGACAGAGGUCAGCGUCCCGAACACGACAAGAGAUUGAUACGGAACUCCGAGACAGUGUCAUAACCCAUGAACAGCGUACAGAACAGAUCCAGGAAUCUGUACGAAAGAAAUCGAACAAAUGA